AUGGCUCCCUCAGUCGCGCAAGACCACCACCACCGCAGCACGACGAAGCAGCACAAGAAGGGCUUCAAGUCUCGCCAUGCCACCAAAAGCUCGCUGAAGGAGCAGAGCAAGGGCAAAGUCGAGGCCGUAGGAUUCGAACGAGGAAGCCGCAAGACGCCCCACCAGCAGGUCAUGUCCAAGUUCGACCGCCGCAACCGCUCGAAGCAGAUGCGCGUCAACAAGGACAACGAGCAUGCAAAGGCCACCAACGUUUUCGCUGGACGCGACAGUGCACCACGCGUGGUUGCUAUCAUUCCUCUGUGCGCCGACCUCUCUGCUGCAUCGGCAGUGCGAAGCCUGAACGCGGCUCUCGACAUUGAGCAGGAAGUUCCAGAGGUGGGGUGGGUACGGACAAACGUGGAUCGGUUUAAGCAGAAGAUCCAAUAUCUGGUGGUCCAGAGAGACCUGCUCGCAUCUCUAGAUGCCUGCCGAGUCGCCGACUUUGUCGUCUUCGUGCUGUCUGCAGAAGAGGAGGUUGACGAGGAGGGCGAAGUGAUAUUGAAGUCGGUUGAGAGCCAGGGCCUUACGAACAGCUUCACUGUGGUGCAGGCGCUGGACAAAGUCGAGCCCGCAAAACGCAGGCCUCAGGUUGUUGGAUCGCUGAAGUCGUACAUCUCGCAUUGGCUGCCUACCACCGAGCGCGUCUACUCCCUCGACAACCGCCAGGAGUCCUCAAACCUCGUUCGAUCGAUAUGCACAAUCACCACAAAGGGCGUAAGGUGGAGAGACCAGAGAAGCUACAUGUUCAUCGAAGACAUCGCGUGGCCCGGUGGCAAGUCGGUAGUCAACGAGGACGGUACUGGAGAGGUCGUCGUGACUGGUGUCGUCAGGGGACUAGGGUUGAAGGCCGACAGGCUGGUCCAGGUCGGCGAUUGGGGCGAUUUCCAGGUCGACAAGAUUGUUGCAGCUCCUCUGGAGGCCAGGAAGAAGGGCAAGGACGGCGAUAUGAUGGUCGAUGCAGAAGAGGAGGACGUUCUGGAGCGCCCAACUGAGGACCAGGACGAUCUUGCUGCUCUGGCACCUGAAGAGACACUCAUGGACGAUGUCACACAGUACGCCGCCUCGAUCGCACCCACCGAGCGCAAGGGAGUGCUGCUCGACGACCAUCACUACUUUUCUGAUGAGGAGGAUGAGGAGGCUCGGCCACGACCGAAGAGGUUGCCAAAGGGUACCAGUAAAUACCAGGCUGCGUGGUACCUCGACGACUUCUCCGAUUCCGACUCGGAUCUAGAAGACUUUGAAAUGGAGGACGUUGAGGAGGGUCAGAGCGUCCCCGCUCAUCCUGCUGAUGGUGUCGAGGGUAUGGACGUUGACGGAAAGGCUAUGACCGAGGGAGGCCCUUCGGAAUACCCGCAGUCGGAGAUGUUCCUGGAUCCAUCACCAGAAGACGAAGCUGAACAGAUCGAGGCUUACCGAAAGUCGAGGAAAUCGGAUGAAGAACAAGAUCUCGAGUUCCCAGAUGAGAUUGAAUUGCACCCGAACAUGGAUGCGCGGGAGCGUCUCAUCAAGUACCGUGGAUUGAAGAGUUUGAAGCAGAGUGUAUGGGAGACCGAGGAGGACCGACCGUACGAGCCUGAGGAGUGGCAGCGACUGCUCGAAAUUUCAGACUACAAGCGCACAGCAACCAAGUUCAUGCGCGAAGCCUGGGCUGGCGGCGUCAAGCCCGGCACUCGAGUCCAUCUCCAUCUCCGUGGCGUACCAUUGCGGUUCCAGCAAUCACAAGCACAGCCUCUGGCCCUGUUCUCCCUGCUCAGGCACGAGCACAAGCGAACAGCCUGCAACUACAGCAUUCUGCUCAGCACCGACCACGGCAUGACGAUCAAGUCGAAGACAGAGAUGAUAGUCCAGUGCGGUGCUCGCCGUAUGGUCAUCAACCCCCUCUUCUCCCAAGCCGGCAACACUCCUAACAAUGUCCACAAAUUCGACCGCUUCCUGCACCCCGGCCAAAAUGCCAUCGCCACCUUCAUUGGCCCGCUAACAUGGGGCAAUGUUCCCCUCCUUUACUUCCAGCGCACCACCUCAGACUCUUCCCCUUCUUCCUCUAGCCUGCAGCUCAUCGGCACAGGCACUUCCCUCCCACCCUCGAUGAACCGCGUCAUCGCCAAGCGUGUGGUGCUUACCGGUCACCCGUACAAGAUCAACAAGCGUGUGGUAACGGUACGCUACAUGUUCUUCAACGACAGCGACGUGCGGUGGUUCAAGAGCCUGCCGCUGUGGACCAGAAGAGGCAGGAGUGGAUUCAUCAAGGAGAGUCUGGGUACGCAUGGAUACUUCAAGGCGACGUUCGAUGGAAAGAUCAACCCUAUGGAUGCGGUGGCUGUGAGCUUGUACAAGCGUGUUUGGCCGAGGACUGCGAGGGCUUGGAGUGCAGAUGAUGCGAUUACUAGCGCUGAGGAUGAAGCUUCAAUGGCUAUCGAGGCCUAA